UGCAAUUUAGGUGGAAAUACUCUAUUUUAAGAAAACCUGAAAAUUGAUGUUUUUUUGGUCUAUUUUUUUUAAUAAAACAAUAUAAACCUUUUGGAGAUGAAUGAGAAAGAAUUGGAGGAACGCGCAGCACAAGAAUUACUCAGAGAAGCAAGGCGUGGGAAAGAACGUGCUCAAACCAUGGGAACAAGUGGAUGGAAAAAAAGUACAAUUCCAAAGACCAACAAGCAAUUCCUUCAUCGAACAUUAGCGAGUGUUUCUCAUUCCCACCGUGUAGCAUCAAAUAAACAAGAAGCUCAGAAGAAGAAGACCAAAGAAGAUUCAGAAGAAAAUAUGCUGGAGAAGAAAAAAAAUUAUCAAGUAAAGACACAACGUGUAAGAAGUAAAUUAGAUAAAACUGAAAGAUCAAAACCAUACAACAAAAGAGAAAAACCAAGAAAAGAGAAAAAGUGCGAAUAAUUUGUGUUUUAGGAACAUAAGGCAAGAGAGGAAGCUUGAAGCAGGAAGUCACUCCAGAUAUCUUCCUGCAAUUGAUUGAUUAUCUCAGUCUUUCUGGCUGUCCCUCAAAAGUUUGCAGUUAGUUUUGAGCAGCCAAAGUUUGUUUCUAGUUGUUUAUAAAUUGAUCUAAAUCAUUUAAAAAGUGUAUAUAAGAAAUGUUUUGAGAUAUAUAUACGCAUGUGAAGGGUAAUAGUUAGCUAUUUAAGCUGCGAUGUUACGUGACCGAUUGCCAGAUUUGCUUCGUUUGGCUGAAAGUGACCCAACACUUUAUAAGGAACCAGAAUAUCAUGAAGAAUUACCAAUAGACCCUUCUCUUAUUGUUUUAUUUCAAAGGGCAGAAAAGGUGACAAAAUUUAUCAAGGACAUGGAAGCAAUAGUACAAGAGAUGGUGAGACAACAUGAAGAUAUCACUUGGAACAUUUUAAAUGAGAAGCAAUACAGAGAGCAGACAACUCGAACCAUGGAUCGUUUCAGUGCACUCGCUCGAAAAACCAAAACAAUUCUUCGUAGGAUGGAGCUUAGUGAUAAAGAAAUGCUCCAUUACUCAGCAUAUGCAAGGGACGGCCAUGACAGCAGAGAUGAUAUCAGUGUAAAGUGGGAACAGACUUCUUCAAGUGUUCAGACACCAUCCAAGUGGUUUAAAUUGUUCAACUCAUCUCAUAAUCAACUUAAAAAUGUUUCUUGGCACCGCCUAGGGUCAGGUACAGUGUUGCCAUUUUCCGACAACACAUACCUACCUUGUGAAUUGCGAAUGCAGAUGCUCCUACACAGUGUCUUAUCCUACAGGCUGGUAGUGGUUGUACGGGAGUAUUACACCACACAGAAAAUCUACAACGAAAACGUCCGCAAACGAAUUGAAAGACAAAUGUCAAUAAUUGGCCGUGAAAUGGAUCGCCAAGAAAUUGAUAAAGCAAUUGAAGUUGGAGAGAGCGUUUCACUUUUACAUGGAGACAUAGUGGAUGAUACACAGGUUAGCAAAGAGAUGAGAGCAAAACUAAGAGAAAUCCAAUUCUUUGAACAUGAGAUUCUUGCAUUGGAGAAAAGCAUCAGCCAACUACAUGAAGCUUUCCUUAUGGUUUCCUCGCUUGUGCAUGAGCAGGGGGCUAUGGUUGAUAGAAUUGAACACCAUGUUGGUCUUGCUUCUAACUAUGUCGAAGUGAGCAACCAAAUGCUCAAGAAAGCAGGCAAACUGCAGCACAAGUAUAGAAAAAAGAAGCUCUGCCUUGCGCUCCUUAUUCUCACUGCCAUUGGCAUCAUUGUCCUUGUUAUUGCUCUUUCAGUUAAAAGAAAACGGACCACAGUACGAGUGGUGACUCACUCAGUUGCUCAUCCAAGGUUAAGAAGAGAUGAGGACUGGUUUUCCUUAACUGAACUUUUCUAGUUAAUCUCUAAUCAACUGUGCAACUCCCUCUUUAAAUAUUACUAUAUAAUUUAAGUACACAUUAGCAGAUUCAGUCAGAUUUGGUGCUUACCUACCAACAAAGAUGUGAAUGGAAAACUAAAUUGUUCUGUUCACAUUUAAAACUAAAGUAAAUUUUUUAGGCAUUUAUACCUUUGUUUUGUAAAAAUGGAAUUUUACACUCUUCUUUUCCAUUCAUCUGUGCUGUUUUGGGGUUUUAAACAUUUUGCAUUUGUUUAUUUUGUUUAAUGCAUUUAAUUAAAUGAAGUACGAUGUGAGAAAUAAAAAAUAUGAGCAGUA